AUGGCGGCACUACACCCGGAGCGCGUGUCACGGCUGGUGCUGGUGGGGUCGGGGGUGAUGGCCACACGGGACGACUAUGAUGACAUGCUCAAGCGAUGGCAGGUGGAGCAUCCAUCGGAGGUGUUUCUCCCCAGCGACCCACCGGCAGUGCAGCGCCUGCUGUCCCUCGCGCACUACCACCCGCCCAAGCUGCCGCACUGGCUGCUCAAGGCGCUCUCACAUAUACUCCUGGAGAACAAGGAGGUGAAGCACCAGAUGCUGGACUCUCUGCUGCAGCAGCUAGACAACCCGCCCGACCCCUUCCCCACGCCCCCCAUGGAGUCGCUCCUAGUGUGGGGCGAUGAGGACGGAAUCUUUCCCAGCUCCAUCGCACACAGAAUGCACAGGCACUUUGGAGACAAGUGCAAGCUGGUGGUGGUGGACAAGGCAGGCCACGCGCUCAACGCACACCGCCCCAAGGAAUUCAACCGUGCCGUCCUCGCCUUCCUCCUCCCGCCGCAAUGA